AGUUAAUGUUGUGACAUUAUUACAGACAACUAGGGCGCCAGGUACUCGUGGAUGAGGCGCAGGAGGUCCUGGACGUCGGCGUCGAGGCGGUUCGCGACGCAGGCGAAGCACAGGACCUCUAUCUUCGACUCCUUCCUCCGGCGUCGCUUGUGGCGCCAGGCCUCGAACCACGACGGCGCGCCCCCGGAGCACCGGAGCACGCGCGACGGCGGGCCCCAGGUUCCGUUGUCGCGCCGCGCCCGCGCGCAGUACGCGACGUUCGGCCGCAGCCCCUCGACGCGGUGGCGCCGCUCGGCGCUGCCCGUCGCGACGGCGCGCCAGGCUGCCCCGACCGCGCGGAUCUCGACAUCAUAUAGCGGUGAGCCAGUGCGCGCCGCCUCCCUCCACACCGCGUCGUCCGCGUCGACGCCGAGGUGGAGGCUUGUCGGCGCGCGCGCGAGGAGCGUGACGACGGGCCCGUCUCCGUCGCUAUCGUCGUCGGGCGCCUCGAUAAAUUCCGGCACCGUCGCCGCCGCGCUGAUGGCGUGCUCCAUCAUGCGCUGCCAGAGGCCCGCCGCGGCGACCUCCUGGUGCGCCGGCUCCGUGGGCACGUCGAGGGGCGGGGGCUCCUCCGGGGGCUGCUUCUCCACCGAUGUCGUCGAGCCCAUUGUUGGGGCUGCUGUUCGCACUGCUGAGCCUUGGUUCCUCCUCGUCCUACGAGUUGUAUACCUUCACGAGUUCGCGGAGGCUGCCCGGCUUUGCAGCCUUUGCUGCUCCGGUGCUGGGCUG